GAGAGGGAGGGGAAGACAGAGAGGCGGAGAGAAAGACAGACACCUGUAGACCUGCUUCACCGCCUGUGAAGCGACCCCCCUGCAGGUGGGGAGCCGGGGGCUCGAACCGGGAUCCUGACGCCGGUCCUGGUGCUUUGCGCCACCUGCGUUUAACCCGCUGCGCCACCGCCCGACUCCCCUCAAUUUAUUUCUAUCCAAUAAUAAAUACAAAAUAAAAAAAGAGAACACGAGAAUCAAGUUGAGUCAAUUAGAUCUAAAAAAGAAAAAAAAAAAAAAAGCAAGCAAGCACUAAAGAUUCCGCACACACAGGAUUGGUCCUGGCUGCUGGGGGUCCCCAGGCGGCCACCUCCCCGCGACAUGACGGCCACAGGGCACAGCCCACCCCGGGGCACCCGCCAGGUGAGCAGCCGGUGGGGCGGGUCAGGGCAAGGGCGACCACGCCCGGGAGGCGGGCCAGGCUGGGGGCGCGGCGGCUGGUCUGCUCUCCGCUUCCCCUGGUCUUGGCGGGCAUGGCGGCCCCCCGGCCCCCGAGCUCCCGCUUUUGGGGGACAGCUGUGGCUGCAACACGCAGGCUGGCCCGGGGCUGCUGGUCAGCCUUCUGGGACUACGAGACCCCCAAGGUGAUGGUAGUGAGGAACCGGCGCCUGGGCGUUGUGCACCGCGCGGUGCAGCUGCUCAUCCUGCUCUACUUCGUGUGGUAUGUGUUCAUCGUGCAGAAGAGCUACCAGGACAGCGAGACGGGCCCCGAGAGUUCCGUCAUCACCAAAGUCAAGGGCAUCACUGCCUCGGAGCGCCGAGUGUGGGACGUGGAGGAGUACGUGAAGCCCCCAGAGGGGGGUAGCGUGUUCAGCAUCAUCACCAGGAUCGAGGUGACACCCUCGCAGACACUGGGGACUUGCCCAGAGAGUGUGAGAGUCAGAAACGCCACCUGCAAGUCAGAUGAGGACUGUGAGGCCGGGCAGCUGGACAUGAUGGGCAAUGGCCUGCGCACGGGCCGCUGCGUGCCCUACUACCAUGGAGCUGCCAAGACCUGUGAGGUGUCCGGCUGGUGCCCAGUGGAGGAUGGAGCUGCGGUCAGCCACUUCCUUGGUACAAUGGCCCCAAACUUCACCAUCCUCAUCAAGAAUAGCAUCCACUACCCCAAGUUCCGGUUCUCCAAGGGCAACAUUGAGACCCGCAGGGACGGCUACCUGAAGCACUGCACCUUCCAUGAGACCUCGGAUCUCUACUGCCCCAUCUUCAGGCUGGGCUUUAUUGUGGAGCAGGCAGGAGAAAACUUCACAGAGCUGGCACUCACGGGGGGCGUCAUUGGGGUGAUCAUCAACUGGGAUUGUGACCUGGACCUGGCGGCCUCGGAGUGCAAGCCGAGGUACUCCUUCCGGAGGCUCGACCCCAAGCAUACCCCAGCCUCCGCUGGCUACAACUUCAGGUUUGCCAAGUACUACGGGACAGAAGACAACAGCACCAGCCGCACACUCAUCAAGGCCUAUGGGAUCCGCAUAGACGUCAUCGUGCACGGACAGGCCGGGAAGUUCAGCCUGAUCCCCACCAUCAUUAACCUGGCCACGGCACUGACCUCCAUUGGGGUGGGCUCCUUCCUGUGCGACUGGAUUCUGCUGACAUUCAUGAACAAAAACAAGGUCUACAGCCACAAGAAAUUUGACAAGGUGUGUGCACAGAGGCCCUCAGGUAGCUGGCCUGUGACUCUGGCCCUGGUUCUGGGCCAGGCCCCACCCCCACCCCCACCCCGUCCCUGCUCCUCAGACCCUAGUCAGGCCCCAGCCCCCCUGCCUCCACGGCCUGGCCCCCCUUCCACCCCUCCUGAGCAGAUGGUGGACCCUCCGGAACAAGGUACAGGACAGGACACCUCUGAGCCCCACACCACGGACCCACGAGGUUUGGCCCAACUCUGAGCUCCAUCACCACAAACUGCCACAGACCUCGCCUCAUGGGAGCCCCCCCCAACCUGCUGUCUCAGUGUCUUGCUUCCCGGCAGCCCGGGAGGGGCAGCCUCUGAGUCAUUCACAUAACGGGACUGAAGGACCCCCAAGCAACUGGCGUGGCACCCUGUUGUCCACCUGGGCCCUAUCAACUUACCCCCAGCCCACUUCGGCUGUGAGGGACACACCCUUGCCCCCCGCCUAACCCAGUGUUCACUUCAUAGUCAGAAAUCACAUGUCCAGUAUCCAUUAAACCUGUAACUAGAA